AUGCCCCACCAUUUAGACCAGCCAUCAACGCCUGCAGAGGUUCAUGGACAGCAAACAGUUCAUAGCGAGGAGGAGCAAGAACAUCGAGAGCAGCAGCCUCAGACAAAGGACAACACAGCCUGGAUGGCAGUCGGAGCCUUGUCGUGGUCGCCGCUGCUCAGCCUCCCGUACGAGCUCAGGCAAAGGAUUUUUCAGUACGCGUUUAUGACCUCGUCUGAAAAUUUCCCACCUCAAGCUCGCUCUCCGUCAAGGGCCCCAAAUGCGGUGGGGGAUGGAUACAACGUCUCGGGUCCCGGAUCGAGUACAAGAGGUGGAAACAAUAAGAUUGUGCAGUCUCUUCUUGUAUGCCGCCAGCUUUACCAGGAAACACGCCUGAUCCCUUUCCAAGUCAAUUGCGUCAAGUGCCCGGCGGUGAUGGGAUCAAAUACCCUGGCAACAAAGCGUCUCAUAGACGCACUGCAACCCUUUCAGCGACGAGCGAUCCGAAGGCUGGAGCUGCACCUGCUGGCGAGUGUGACGGAAGCAUGGUCCUUGAGGUCGAUUCUGAGGUCAAUAGCCGGGGUUACGGAGACAGAGACUAACUGCACCUUGCGCCAGAGCGGUGGCGGCACUGGUGACGAGAUCAGCUUCGAUGGCAACGCGGAAACCGACAAAAGGCCAGAAAAGGACUCGGAUACCAGCUUGAGAGAAUUGUCGGUCCAUAUGACCACCCGAGACCUGCUGUUGGCACAGGCGGACUCAAUGGUAGGGUUGCUGCACAUGUUGAUGGUCGCGCCUUUCUCUCAAGAACGUCCUUCCACUGCAUUCGCGUGGACGGCCGCGUGGGUCACCGAGGGUCUAGCCUUUCUUGAAUCCCUGAGGAAAUUGACCAUUGUCGUUGAGUCCAGUCUAUUGGUGGCAAAGCAGCUCGCUGCGAACGAGAGAUGGCAAUUCGAGCAGACCCUCAAAUCGUCGUUGCCGACCGUCGAGGUGAAAGUCGAAUGGAGAUUGCACCGCGAUAUCAACUUGGAAAAGGAUGACGGCGAUUGGGUCAAUUUCCUCUGGGUGCACGAUUCAAACAUAGGUGCGCCCGAGCACGGAGCGACUGAGCCUGAUCUUGGACGCAAAGAUGGGGUUUCCAGUUGGACAUACACUGUGCCCUGA